AAAUAGUAUUCUAUUUAUUGUGAUUAUUUUCACUCUGCAGGGAUUCACUUGAUGCGGAAGAAGACCUGACGGACAAAAACAGGUUGCAAGUUUUUAAGGAAGGACGAGGACGGAAGGACACAAAAGAGACAAAGACCUUGAAUCAUUUAGCAGCUGAGCGGCAUGAAGCAGAAGCUCCAGGAGAAGGAGGAGCAGGCGAGCAAACUGAAGGAGGUCGUCAGCUCUCUCAGGUCACGUUUGAAAAAGAAGACGGAGGAGACGAGCAAGCUGACGGAGGUCGUCGGCCGUCUCCUGCCACGCCUGCAGGACAAGAAGGAGCAGGAGUCCAAACUUAAGGAGGCGGUUGCCUUGCUCUCGGCAGAGAUGGAGGAGAUGUCCUCAGCGCUGGGCCAACAUCAGCAGGAGAGCCAGGACUGUCACAGAAGGCUAAAGGAGGUGCAGGAGCAGCUGGCGGCCGAGCAGGAGGCCAAGAUGGAGGCGCUGGGCCGCCAGGCGCGACUCCACAAACAGCUGGGCCACUUGAAGAACCUCCUGAACGUCUUUGUGGUCCAAAACGAGGCCUUUCUGAAGUCACUGAAGAGCAACGAAGCGAGCGACGCCGCUGAGAAGAAAGCGCAGGGGGAGCAGAACGAGGCCGGGAGGAGAAACCAGGAGGCAGGAGAGAAGAACGUAGAUGUUCAGGAGAGGACGAAAGAGAAGGAACGUGCAGCCAAGGAGAAGAAAGAAAAGAAAGAACUCAAGGAGCAGGAAAAGAAAGCCAAGAAGGAAAAGAAGGAACGUGAAGAGAAAGAGAAACGAGAGAAGAAGGAGCGCGAGAAGAAGGAGAAGAAAGAAAGGAAGGAGAAGCGAGACCUCUGACCCCUCCCUCUGAACAUUUACAAAUGUUGACCUGCAGAGAUGUUCUCUUUUUCUAUUUCAUCUUCACCAUGAGAAAUAAAGGCAGGAAAGACGCAAAGUUGAUGACGUUUAUUUAUUGUUCGGGAGUCAGAACAUGCACGAUAUGAUAAUAAAUAUUAGAAACAACAGUACUCCUUACAUAGGUACAUGUACUUCAUGUUGUUAUUAUAUCGUAGACGUAGUACUCUUGUUAUGUCUUCCUUUCCCUCGCUGUUACGUCUUCGACAGGGGGCGGGUCUCAGACAGUGGAAAUCAGUUUGACGUCUGAAGAACUGCAGACACACACGAGAGCACGGCGUUCAAAUCCGAACAAAAUGAGAAGACUUCGAAGUCGUGUGGCUGCUUUGAACACAAACAAGACAAGCAGACCUGGUGCCGGUGAAGCGGGCCGCGUCGAAGUCCUCCACUGCAGCCUGCAGACAAACAAGCGGGGUCAUGCUGCAGUCACACCGCUCACCAGCAGAGGGCAGCAACGCAACACAAUGGAUGAGCGCAAUUAUUUAGGCGUGUCCAACCUUUUCCCAUUAAUGACCAAUUAUCGUACCAGAAUCUUCAAAUGAUCGUAUUCUGAGGAACAUUACGGUACAUAUUUUUCCCAACAAUGAGGUAAAACUACAUUAUAAGCUAUACUAUCCACGUUCUGUGGUAACGUUUAAUAAUUUUCCUCAAAAUAAUAUAAUUUUAAAGGAAGCGUAUGCAACUUGCUCUGUAUUAUUGCCCCCAGUGCCCUAACGUGUUCGAAAUAUUAUUUUAAGCAACAGCACCACCUUUUGGUGAGAUUCGUCCACUGCGGGUAUCUUAUUUUCCAGCGGUAUUUCCUUUUUGGGGGUGCGUGCUUUGAACCGGAAGUAGUAACGUUUAGUAAUUGCCCUACAUGGUUUUCUCUGCUCACACCUUGUUCGAGAAGCGUCUGUAAGUGUGCGAAGUUGACACUAAGCCGCAUAUUGACUUUAGCUGUUGUAUGUGCUGUUUACAUUAGUGUCCACACUUAGCUUUGCGUGCUAAUUGCUACGUGCCUAAAUUAGCUUAG